CAUGGAUCAUAAAUCUCAUGACCAGAUACUCCCUCUCAACAUUUCAGAUGAAGGAGAGAAUACAAAGAAAAAUAUGAGCUUGAACAUCUCUUGAGGAGGGAGUAUGAUGUUUGGAGCAGGCUCUCUUGAGCCAAAGCAAGCAAGCACUACAGCUCCUGAUAAGAAAAAUUCAAUGAUCGGAGUGUUGUUCAUCCUUGUUACUUGCUGACUCUUGACAAUAGGACAUACUAUUUGUAAAUAUCUGUCUAUUUACAGUCCUUACAUUAAAGGAAAUGAUAUAUCUUUCUUCAUGGGUAUUUUUAAUUUCUCAUUCAAUCUUAUUUAUGGAUUAAAAUAUGGAAUCUCAAUGAACGUGCUCUCAUUUGAUUUUAAAGUAAAAUUGGCGCUACUUGCAAGAAUGUCAGCUGGAUUUGCGAAUAAUUUAGUCCUCGUUUUUGCAAUCAGCAGACUUCCUCUCUCGAAGAGUGUGAUCAUUUUCAGCUUAAAUCCUAUUUGCUGAGCGACACUUGCUUUCUUCUUUUUGAAAGAAGAUAUAGCAAAAACAACAAUUGCUUGCUUCUUUGGAGCAGCUGUAGGAAUCUAUUUCUUGACAUUAAACAGAGAAAGUGAUAAUAAAAGUGGAACUAUAUCUGGCUAUAUUGCAGCAAUCACAUCUAUCUGGCUCCUUGGAUCUAUAUUUAUAUUUGGAAGAGUACUAGCACUUCUAAAAGUGCAUGCUACAGUAGUUUGAAUGUGCCUUGGAUUAUCAUUUAUGGUGCCUUCUCUAAUCGCAUCACUUUUUAUUGAUGAUGUCUUGCAUUUUAACCAGUACACAACUUCAGAUCUCUGAAUUCUGACAGUGUUUGGAUUUUUAUCAUCAGUAUGGAUCACAUGCAUGUACUUAGCCACAAAAUAUGCUCAAGCGUCAUUUAUCUCUCCCAUUCUGAACUUAGAAAACGUAUUCACAGUAUUUAUUGACAUGUUCUUCUUCCACUACCACUUUACAGGCACAGAUUUCUUAGGAAUGAGUAUUCUAGCUGCUUGUAUCUGAAUUCCAAUUGUCAGAAAUUAUCUUAAUUCCUAAAUUUGUGGUUGAAAUCUCUAUAAA